UCAUGGCACUUAGCUUGCAGCUGGAGGAGAGCUGCAGAGAGGGGAAACAACAGCACGGUGGGGAGUGAGGAUAAUGCACAGGUAAAAAAAAAAAAAAAAAGGGGGGGGGAUGCAUGAGUGACUAAUUAAUUAGACUGAACCAGCAGAAGUGAUUAUUGUUGCAAGGUGAAAAUAGCUCUGCAGUGGAGGGAAACCAAGGGAAGAUGUGCUGCGUCCGUGGCGCCGGUGGUGCGCUAUCUGGGGACAGAGUGAGUAACGGCGACGCGCUGACACCCCGCUUUUAGAUGGCUCCAACAUUUGGGGUGCAAAACAGGUGUCAGGGAAGUGUCGUCACGAACCCCGGAAGCCGGAGGAGGUGGGAACAUCAGAGGGAAAGAUGGCAGCGAAAUCCGAUGGUCGCGGGGUCGUCACCGGUUUCGCCCAGCUGCACAACCUGGACGAAGUGGUGGGGACAGGAGAGGACGACACUCGGAACGGCAGCUCAUUCCACAUCUGCCACUGCUGCAACACUUCGUCGUGCUACUGGGGUUGCCGGAGCGCCUGUCUGCAUUACCUCCGGCGGAAGGGGAAAGGAAAGGGGAGAGAAGCGGUGCGCCUCUGGCUGGACUGCCUGUGGAUCAUCCUGGCACUGCUGGUCUUCUUCUGGGACGUGGGGUCCGAUUUGUGGCUGGCCAUCGACUAUUACCACAAGCAGGACUUCCUGUGGUCAGGCCUGACCCUGUUCUUCGUGCUGGUGCCCUCGGUUCUGGUCCAGAUCCUGAGCUUCAGGUGGUUUGUGCAGGAUUACACUGGAGGGGGACUGGGCUCCGUGGAGGGGCUGAGUAGUCGUAGAGCUACAGCCAGUCUGCAAAGAGACAGGUGCUGCCGCCUCUCUGUCUGGGUCUGGCAGACCUUCAUACACAUCUUUCAGAUGGGACAAGUGUGGAGGUACAUCCGCACCAUGUACCUUGGCAUACAAAGUCACCGGCAGAAAGAAAAUCAGCGGCGCUUUUACUGGGCUAUGAUGUACGAGUAUGCCGAUGUCAACAUGCUGCGGCUGCUAGAGACCUUCUUAGAAAGCGCCCCUCAGCUGGUGCUGCAGCUCUGCAUCAUGAUCCAGAGCAAUGAGGCUGAGUGGCUGCAGUGUGUUUCUGCCAUGUCCUCCCUCUUGUCCCUGGCCUGGGUGCUAGCUUCUUACCACAAACUUCUGCGUGAUUCACGUGAUGACAAGAAGAGUAUGAGUUACCGAGGUGCCCUGGUGCAUCUGUUCUGGCGCCUUUUUACCAUCUCCUCACGGGUGCUUUCCUUUGCCCUGUUUGCCUCUGUUUUCCACAUCUACUUUGGCAUUUUUGUGGUGCUCCAUUGGUGUGCCAUGGCUUUCUGGGUCAUCCAUGGCGGCACCGACUUCUGCAUGUCCAAGUGGGAGGAGGUACUGUUCAACAUGGUGGUGGGCGUUGUCUAUGUCUUCUGUUGGUUUAAUGUACGUGAGGGCCGGACGCGGUACAGAAUGGUGGCCUAUUACACAGUAGUACUGUUAGAGAACGCCAUCCUCAGCUCCCUCUGGUAUGCGUACCGUGACCCAGCCACCACAGACGCCUAUGCCUCUUUUGCCCUCUGUGGUGUCUUCCUGUGCUUUGCCUCAGGGGUGGCCUGUAUGGUUCUCUAUUACAGUGUUCUACACCCAAUGGGCCCCCGGCUGAGGGUGCUAGCCAGCUCCUGCUGUGCUGAGCUGCUGUGGGGCCUUCCAUUACCCCCAGAGGCUGAGCCUAUGGCUCCAACACCAGGCCCCCGUGGUUCCCAGGCCACCCCAACACGGGCUGUGGCAGGGGAGCAUGAGGAGCUAGAUAUAACCGCCACGGACACCUGCCUUCCAGUUUUCCAGGUGAGAUCCACAGAGCCUGUGGAUACAGCUGGCAGGCCCAUCAGGCCUGAGGGCCCUCUUAUCAAAAUUGACAUGCCCAGAAAACGCUAUCCAGCCUGGGAUGCACACUUUGUGGAUCGGCGCUUGCGCAGGACCAUAAAUGUGCUGCAGUACAUUAGCCCUAAUGCGGUGGGCAUCAGGUAUAGAGACGGUCCGCUUCUUUAUGAACUCCUGCAGUACGAGUCCUCCCUCUGAAGGCGUCCUCUACCACAGCUUUGUCAUCCUCUCUUACACACAACAACAGAACAUUACUUUUCUUUUUUUCAGUGUGCUCUUCUCUGUUAUCUCUGGGUUCUCUCCUUUCCCUCUCUAACUAUUCUGUUUAAUGCAGGAGAUGUGUGUUUUGUCAACUAGAAAAUCUAUCAAGACAGCCUAAACACACAUUCACAAUUUAUUUUUGGAAAAAAACAAACAGUAUAGAGAGAAAAUUAAGAACCUACAGUAUUAUAUGUGAUAUAUACUGAAAUCUCAUAUAAAUCCCUCUACCUUUAUAGAGGAGGGUUCUGUAUGAGUGUGUAGAUAAUAUAUGAAUGUUUCAUUAUGAAAUGUGUUUAAUGCAUUAUACUGUAUUGGUGAUUCAACCUGUGAAUACUUGUGAAGGGCAUAAUGUAUGUCCCUUUGACAUGGGACUGGCACAAAGCCUGAUGGGAAUGAUGGAGGAAAGUCUCAGAGGGGACAGGUCUUUGCACAUCCCAACAUUUACUGCCAUUCUUUAUGUAAAUCAUGGAAAUGUACAAUAAUGUUUACCAAGUCCUUGCCCAUGUAUUAAAAAGCACUAACAUUUUUAUAUACCAGGAUACUGUAAAGUAUAAAGCAGACACAUUCAAUGAUGUGUCGAGAAAAAAAAAGCAAUUCAACAUGGAUGGGAGCUUAGGUGGAUCAGUUCUAUUUUUGCUUGAAAUCCGAAAUCCUAAUCACAUCAUGUAUGGAAGAAAAAAGCACACUGACCUUCAAUCAGUUCCACCCAUGCGUUCAGUUAGUACAGGGCACACUGCCCUCCAGUGAACGCAAGCUGUAAUAGCACGCCUUAUUUAGUGUAUAUUUUUCCUUUGCCUGUAGUUGUUAUAGCACAAAAUAUUAAUGUACCUGCUUUUGGUGAGAAACUAUGAUGAAAGGAAUGUAAAAUGCAAUUAAAAUGAGCACAAAGUAUUUUUUUUAAUUGGUCAGUGAAAGUAACAUUAAAACAUUCCAAAGACUUUUUAAAGAUUGUAGGUAGGUUUAGUAAAGGGUAGAAAGGUUACAAAAAAUGUGUUAAUGUGCACAUUUUUGUAGUGCAAAGACAGCCUUCAAAGGAAUCCUCCACCAUUCCCUUCUGAAUCCUAGAAGGUACUCCCUUCUCCCCCCUCCCUUUUUUUUUCUUAUAAAAUGUUUAGGUUGAUAAAUAUAUGCUUAUUGGGUACAAAGACCUGUAAUAAGUUCUUGAAAAAAAUAAGACAAAUCUGAAAGGAUAUUUCUAUGCUAUUAUACUUCAGUGCGUAUUUGUGUCCACAUUUAUAGUCGAUGACAUAACUAUAUUUUGCCACAACGCAAACUUUUUUUACAUAAACUCUAAACAUGUUACAGUGAAAGGUAUACUCUGCAGCAUUAGCGUGCCCUCAGAGGUUAUGCCAUUAUAGGGGUGUAUGGGGAAACUGUCCUGGCACCUGCUAGCGCAGUUGAAACAAAGCCAAAUCACAUCUCACUGUACUGUUUUUUCCAAUUUUUCUGCCCCUUUGAAGUAGUAGACUGAGUGAGUGCAAAAUGUGUGCCAUCUACUGUAGGCCUGCUGUGCCGCAAUUACACACUGAUCUAAAUCUCCCAGCUGAACAUGCAGGAGCUCUCCACUACAGAAACCAUAGGAUGACCACUGUAUUCAGUUAUGACACACAAAAAAAGAAAAAAAAAUAUGCCUUCUGUGUCAAAGGAGCUUGACAAAAAAUUUUAGAGGGCUACUGUACAACUCAUCAGAAUAUGAAUGCAUUUCAUACUCCAAUUUUAUCUAUAUACGCAAUGAUUCAUCUGAAUAUAUAAUGUGGGUUUUUUACAUUGUAGUGUUUGGCAUGACUUAGUCUGAGGCAGUAGUAGAAAUGCACCCAACAUGGGAUGCCCAAGAGCCUUAUACAAAACAGAGAUACCUUUUUCCUGGCUUACUGGCUCUCUGCUGAGCUCUGGCCACGAGUGCCUGUUAACAUCGUACUGUAAAAGGCAGAUGUCAUGUAAGUCCAGGCUAAAGGCAAGAGGGGGUUUUGCCAGGGUUGGAAAAGAACAGGAGGACAGAUCGUGCUAAAGGGCCUGACUUGAUUUAUGUUUGAUCCUUGUGUGCUUGUGUAGGGGAGAUGUACAUACACAAAUGUACUGUACAGCCAACAGUAUAUAGUGUAUUGUUAGCGGUCUGAGUAUGCUUGCAUGUUGGUGGAUGUGUUUGUCAGUUUUGGUUCAAAUCUAUGUUUGCCCAUGCAUUUCCUCAGCCCUUUUCCACAGUUCUGUUCUCUCGCUGAUUGUUCAACUCCAUCCUUGGUUGCUGCUCCGCCCUCUUACCCAUCUCUGUGGUGUUGGGCCUUGGUAUUUCCCCAUGAUACACUUCCACAUUCUGUGGUAACUGAACAAAUGACGUUGAGGCUGAACAACUGGAGAUCCUGACAUGAGAACAUGCAAUGAGGUACACUGCCAUAAUCAAGAGCUUCAACAUCCAGGGUCUGCCACCCUUCAGCUUAAAAAUGAUGUUCAGCCCUGAGUAAUUGAGAACUGUUGGGUCAGCUAGGGUGGAACAAACAUCCAACAUACCAUAGAUAUACAUAUGUAUGCAAAUGAUCUACUUAUAUAUUGUUUACCAUAGUAGCCAGAGUUAUCCCUCCCUGCUGUAGUGAAUGAACAGCCAUGCUAAUAGUUAGUCACUUAAUGAAACAAUAAAUAGAAGUAUUGUUGAACUUGAAAAUAAGAAAAAAGCAAAACAGCCAAUACAGGGGUUCCUCAGGACCAACAAAUAAGACCACUGAACCAGCUGACUCAGGGGUGUCUCAAUGCAGUUCUCAUUCCCAGGCAUGUCCUCAAGGGUCUCCAUUUUUUCCUUAACAUGAAUCCCAGACCACUCCUUGGCUGGGAUUGUACCACUAAAUUAUACUUUGCACAUUUAGUUUUCUUAGGGAUAAUUAUUCAUUCUUUCAUAUAUAAAUUAUUGGUCGUAGGGGGCAGUUUUUUGUGGUAGUUGGCUGCCUGGCAUACGGUGCAUUCUUUCUAAACACUGCUGACCUUUUCCAGACACGGACGCAUGUCUAAAUCAGGUGCAAAUACACUGUGAUUCACUCAUUUUUUUGUAUAUGUGUGUGAAACAGGAUUAUAUAGCAUCAAAAACAAUAUUAUGUACAACUGGGCUGCACAUCAAGUGGUGCUUAACGUUGUAAAAUGCAUAUUAUUUAUGCUUGUGUAACAAUGUCAUUAGAAUAAUAGUAAUGACAGUUAAUUCAAUUGAUUGUUUUUAAUUAAGUCUACAGAGAGUCUAUGUACAAGUUUGGAUUUUUACGAGACAUGCAGUAUAUUUUUAGUUUUAAUUUUCUAUAUGUUUGUUAGUUUCUUUUAAUUAUACACGGGUUUCAAGAGCUAAGCUACAAGAGUGCUACUGGAAGCUGUUUCUAUACUUACAGUGUAGUAUUCAGGUUGUCACAUGAUAUACCAUACACAAGUCACAAAAAAUCCCCUACAGAGAAUUGUUUCUGUCAGGCUACCUGCCCACUUCUGCAUCCCUUGACAGCCACAACACACAGCAAGAGCGUUUGAACAGCAAGCUUGUUCCUCUCAGUCCUUGUUGUGCCUUGUUACUUUGGGUGCUUCAAUCCAGCCAUGGCAGCCAGGUCCGCAAACAACAAUGCCAAUGUCUUUAUUUACUUGUUUCAUGUGCCAGCACACUCACCAAAAUGACAGCACCAAACAGUAUUUCCCCGGUCUAUCUCCCCAAAACCAGGUCAAGCCAAGUUCUCAGUUUUAUCAUCCAACACCUCAGCUGACAAUGUUAUUUAAUCUUACAGUUGAAUCAAAAUUGUCAUCUACAGGACUGCACUGUUUCCUACUUACAGUGUUACAACUUACCAUCACAGUAUGAACCAAGGUGUGGGUACUGUGUUAAAUCCACUUACUGGCUCUUUCAAAGACAUAUGAGAAAUAGUAAGGCAAUACUGAACAUCAUCUGUACUUGAACGUAGGGUUCCUCAAAUUAUUACGUUUGUGCAUGCUGAAUCAGCCCCAAACAAUUCAGCAGUAACAAUUAGGAAUUUAGCUUAAAACAGUUACUUUUAGAUUGUCUGAUGGAUAGUAUUAACAGAUGCCAGCCACGAUAACGAGUGAUUUGGUCAAUGAUUGUUUUGUACUUUUGUCUAUGCCUUUACAUCUUCUUCUGUCUUGCAAUGAUGAAUGAUUUGUAGUGCCAAGAUGUAAACUUUCUGUGUCGUUUGUCUUGUGUGAACAAUACAUUCUCUAGCCAAAACAAUAAUGCCUGCAGCUGGAAUAAACAUGGAAGAGGAGGUUAAUGAUGACAAAAUGCGCAAAAAUCACUUACAUUGCAUUUUCUGACAAUGGAAUGAUGUAUGCGAAACAGGCCCGAUCACAUAUUUAUGUUUAAAUAAUCUCAUUUUAUAGUUCUCCAACCAUCUCCCAGCAUGCCUUUAGAACUCAGUGUGAGGUGACCCUUAACAUUUAGCAUGUAAGUGCUCUCGACUGCACAAUGACCCCUCUGAUUUCUACAUUAAUGUGUAGCAGCAGGCCACUGUAGUGUCUGACUUGGUUUAAGUCUGUACCUUUGUGUCAUAGCCAUCUGUUUGACCAUUGGAGCAGUACUCAGAUGAAAAAUGGUGCAUUUUCUUCGGUUUUUUUUUGUUUCUUUUUUUUUAUUUGUAUUAAAAACCUGGUGCUGAAUAACUACAUUUUAAAGGUGCUACCAACAUGGACUGCAGAGUCCACUUUAUGGCUUUUUAAGAGCAUGGCCUUCAAGUUAACUGCGAGAGUCUGCAACCCAGACCCUUGCAGACUUAAAAUGGUGGAAAGCUAGCACCUCAGAUCCACACAGUUUACAGCAAAACUCAACUCUCAAUGGUGCCAUUUUAAGUUUCCGAUCUGCACAAAAAAACAGCAGUUACUCUCUUGUUCAGUAAAUGUUAAUUCUAUCAGUUUUAGCAUACAGUAUUUUUUAUUUUUUACAAUGGAUCAAUCUGCACUAGGAUUUUUCUUUUCUGUUGUCUGAGAAGAUGAAACUGGCAGAUGACAAAAUGCAUCUUUUUGACAGACACAGGAGCACAAAUGUACUUCUGCUAAUGGAAUUUUUGGGGAAAAAAAAUAUAUAGAACGUGAUUGCUGUGUUGUAAAUUCCUGUCAUUUAUAUGUCUUAAUCUGUGUGUAUUUUUUGUUGUUAUUGUAGAAUUGGCUGUAAUAUUUUGUUUAAAAAUGGAUUUGAUAUUCCAAUGAAGUGACUAUGGUUGUCAUAUAAAUUGCUGCUGAUUUUUGAAAAUUGUUAACAAAGGUGUUGGGAAAUAUUGCUUUGUUUAUAUUCAAUCAAUUUCUAGAUUGUGUUAGUUUGUUGGUGUAUUUCACAAAUCUAUCAGGAUACUCCCUAGGCUAUAUGAUUUUUCCGGGGUAUUCCAAAAGUUGGCACAAUGUCAGUGGUCAAAUUUGCUACAAUCUGUAGCAUCUUUACGAAAGUGUAUUCAUACAACUUAUGUGGUGACUGAAAACAUAAGGAAUGAUUCCUUUGUUGUUGUUUAAUAUAAAAUGUAAGAAAAUUGUUUAAUGGAAUCCCCGUUCUUUUAAAAAAG